UCGAUCCUAGAAGCCCUGACCGCACAGGAGCGACACCUGCUCUUCGGGGAUCUCCCGGACCCGACCUUUUACCUCGCCACUCCCGGGUUUUCGCCUCUGGGUCAGCCCAGUGACUCGGGCGCUUGGAGGCUUGUCAUUAGAUCGCCAGCCUUGAGCAUCGACGCCACCGUGGCGCCCGUCGACGACCUCGUGGCGCCACACCUCGUCCUCGGCGUUUACAUCGAUGGCGAGUACGUGACCCUUCCUGGGCUUGCCACGCGGUGCCAUUUCCGAUCCGCCAAUUCGUCUUAUGUUGUCACCGUUAGCACGUGCGAAGGAGAUGGAGUGGACGGCGUGAUAGUGACCCCCCGGGCGCUUGCGAUCCUUCACCCGCUGCCGAGGCGAAUCCGCCACGUGCUGCCGCUUGACGAGAACGCCACUGAAGCCAACGUGAGUUGCGGCGAGGACUACGGCCCCCACAUCUUCCACGUUGUCAGCAAAGAAAUGCUCCCACGUAGCAGAUUUCGCCGAGACGCAGAGAGCGGAGAGACCGCAGAAUCUACACAGGCAAACUGCGCCACAGGACCCGAGCACGAGCUGAGUGAAUCCGAGGGCGACAGACGAACACCCAGACGCGCGCCUCUCUUCAGGAGCAUCUCGGAACUAACGGGUCACUUCGAUCGCCAGGAGGAUCUCGACAAGUUUAAGGCCCCGCAAGAAGAAGCUGUCGAUGACGAAGGCGAGGACGAGGAGAUCCUUCAGGAAGUCACGAGGAGGAAGACGGUUGAGCUGGCCGUUUUUUGCGACGACGUCCUGUAUGACAACUUCCCGAGAAGGAUGAGGAGCAAGGAAGCCAGCGUGAUGAAUUAUGCCCUCACGCUUGUUAAUGCAGUGCAGGGCAUCUACCACCAAGAGGAGCUCCAGGGCUACGUGAUCGACUUGCGCCUGGUUCGACUCGACAUCCUGACGUCGAGCAGCGGCCCGAGCAAGAGCGGCGGAGACAUCGGCGCCUACCUCAAGACGUUUUGCUCGUGGCAGAAGGCGCAGAACCCGGCGGGGGAGUCGAACCCGAGGCACUGGGACCACGCCUUCAUGCUCUCCGGGCUGGAUCUGCACUCCUCCGGGAACACGGGCGUGAUCGGGCUGGCGUGGGUGUCGGGGAUGUGCAAGCCGUCCAUCUCGUGCACCAUGAACGAGGGUCGCUCCUUCAUGGCCGUGUACGUCGUGGCGCACGAAAUGGGACACAACUUGGGCAUGAACCACGACGGACACAGCAGCGCCGGAAGCUGCAACUCGAACAAGUACAUCAUGUCUCCGUCGGUGGGGCCGGGCAAGACCACCUGGUCCCAGUGUUCCGUCAGGGUCAUCCACAGUUUCCUCAAGAAAUCGACAUGCCUGGACGAUGGCGGUAGAGCAGCCUUGUCUAGUUCAACGAGGACAGCAGAGAACCUGCUACGCCGACAGGAUGUGCCAGCGAUGAGCGCAGUGCUGAAGAGGACGCCGGGUCACCGAUUCCCUUUGCCUCGUCAGUGUGAAGCCAUGUUCGGUCGCGAUUACUACCCCGCCAUCACGAAGUUUGAUCUCUGCAACUAUAUGUAUUGCACCAACGGCAUUGUCACAAAGCCAGCUCACCCCGCCCUCGAAGGCUCCAUCUGUGGUCAGCAAAGGGUCUGCUUUGCCGGCAGGUGUCGCCCCGAGCAAGACCUCAUCAAGCACAUCAUACUUUUCGGUGUGAACCCGACUCACGUGGGGGGAGAUCCAAAGCCAACAACCGUAAAACCGCCCUUAACUGUGCCAGAGGGGAAUGCGACGCAGAACUGCACAUGCGAUUUCACACCACAGCUUCCUCCUUCUCUGCACAAUCUGCCUAAAUCCAUAUGCAUGUUCCUCGCCCCGGUCUUCCACCCGACCUUCAACUGCAGCAUCCCAUGUCCCUCCCACGUCUUGCAUGUGGACUUAGAUGUUGGCAAUGUGACUGAGGAAGUCCUUGCGAACUCUGAUUUCCCCGCAGAUGGGUCCUGCUACCUAGGGAGCUACACGGUCAUUCAGGGUAAGACGGCAGAGGAUAUAAGAGUCCCGUUAAGGAAUUCUCAGGUGUGCGGUGCCGUUCCCCACGUGAUGCAUCCCACCCUGCAGUGCCCCAGUACAGGAGCAUCGGGCGAGGAGCCGUGCCCGCCGGAGAGCAUUAUCCUCAUUCUGCAGAACAUCAGUUACACUUACGUCCACGACCGCAAGAGCGACGGGGUCAAGGGCCAGAGUCUGCUGUGGAGAGGAGAACAAUAUACUCUGCUGAGCCGCGCGGGCGAAGAUGAUCUUGCGGCGCGCGAAGCUUUUGCUUCGAUGAUUGACACGUCGGAGAAUAUCGGCAGGUUUGGAUUCAUAAAAUGCAACUUGCAGAAUGGCUUCCCGAAGGAGCUUAAAAAUUUACCAAAGGAUAUCUGUAAUUUUUUAGCUCCUUCACUGCACGAUCUGUUUGAUUGUUCACCGGAGCCCCAUUGUGCGAAAUAUGUGAUGUUCAUGGAUCUUGACACCGGCAACACGACUAAAGUGCCAGUCAAGAAACCCGUUGAACUACUGCCUCCCUGCAAGAAGUGCCCCAGUGAAAUGGCGGUCGCCAUAAGUACCAUUUGGGAAAUCGUAAAGGGUGUGACGGCGGUCUUGACGCAAGCGACCGGCCUGUGCAAGCUGUUGCCAGCCUCGUGGUUGCCCUGGAUCCCUGGCUGUUCGGAGUCAGCGUCGCUGGAAUCCGGCUUCGGUAAGUGUCCGCCGGUUUCCAUCGCCAUCACGGCCAGCGGCGCCGUCUUCGUCUACCGCCCCAGCGCCGCAAACAGGGACGUCGCCGAGGGGCAUCCAUCCCUCGAGUGGCAGGACCAACACUAUACACUGGACAAAAUCUCAUACGAUGGAAAUCCUGCUGAUGUACUCAUAGAAAACUACGAUCUAGACUUCCGAUAUCAGAUCGUCUCGCAGACUCAGCCCGGGGACUUCGAGACCGCCCUGAAAGUCGGGCGGCCACCAUCGACUAAGGAAGAUCAAUGGGGCGACGGCCCUGCGAAGGUGCCAACUCUUCAUGCCCAAACAACUGUAGGCCUGCAAGAAUACGUCGCUCAGAAGGACGUUUUUCUAGCCUUAAAUGCACCCACAGCCAUGACGAGGACGGCCGUUGGGGCGUGCAGCGUUACCUGCGGAAGGGGCGUCCGGCCCAUCGUCCAGGAGUGUGUGGACGUGCACACCGAGGAAGUACUGGACCCCUCCUCAUGUCAAGUGUUUUCAGACGUUGUCACAAAGUUUGAGGAAUGCGUUAUGCUCCCGUGCGGGCAAGUCAGAUACGAGAUUGAAGACUGGGGCACGUGUUCCAAGAGCUGCGGCAUGGGAGUGCAGUACCGCCGCGUGACCUGCGUGCUGAUGGUCGAGGACGAGGCGCAGCGCGACGGCCUCAGCGACGACGCCCGCGCCGUGCUGGUGGUGGCCGACGAUGAGUGCGAGGGCGCGAGGCCGCACCACGUCAGAGAGUGCGAGGGGACGUGCUUACCAGCACUUUGGUGUGAAAACAAAGAAGACUGCUUCAAUUAUGAUGACAUCGAGAUUUCCAAGGACUUCGACUACUGAUUCUAGAGUCAACAAAAGAUAAAUCUCCAAAAGAUUGCUAUCUGUAUUUAAAGCACUGGUUUUAGGACAACAUGCUUAUAUACUGGGAAAGUAACACAGUUCAGGGCCGGAAUAAGAAAAUGUUGAACUGUUCGUUUUCUCAUUCUAAAUUAUUAAAGCUUUCUAAA